AGUGGGCGGGGCUAAAGCCAGGAUGGAGACGAGGCGGUGGCUAGGCGCGUGCGCAGAAACGAGCUGAGGCCGGGGGUGCAGCGGCCGGCCUGGCUUGAGCGAUUGGGAACGAGAUGCAGGACCCCAAUGCAGACACCGAGUGGAAUGACAUCUUACGCAAAAAGGGCAUCUUGCCCUCAAAGGAGAGUUCGGGAGAAUUGGAAAAGGAAGCAGAAGAGGAGGAGCGGCGAGCCCUUCAGGAGGCAGUUGUGAAAACGUAUGAAGCUAUGACUUUGGAAGAGCUGGAAGAUAAGGAAGAUGAAUUUAACGAGGAGGAUGAACGUGCUAUUGAAAUGUACAGGCAGCAAAGGCUGGCCGAGUGGAAAGCAGCUAAACUGAAGAAUCAAUUUGGAGAAGUUUUGGAGAUCUCAGGAAAGGAUUAUGUUCAAGAAGUUACCAAAGCUGGUGAGGGCUUGUGGGUAAUCUUGCACCUUUACAGACAAGGGAUUCCCCUCUGUGCCCUGAUAAAUCAACACUUCAGUGGACUUGCAAGGAAGUUUCCUGAUGUUAAAUUUAUCAAAGCCAUUUCAACAACCUGCAUACCCAAUUAUCCUGAUAGGAAUCUGCCCACGAUAUUUGUUUACCUUGAAGGAGAUAUCAAAGCUCAGUUUAUUGGUCCUCUAGUGUUCGGUGGCAUGAACCUGACAAGAGAAGAGUUGGAGUGGAAAUUGUCUGAAUCUGGAGCAAUCAAGACAGACCUGGAGGAGAACCCCAAGAAACCAGUAGAAGACACGUUACUGUCGUCGGUGCGGUGCUCCGUCCCCAUGAGGAGAGGCAGUGAUUCCGAGGGUGACUGAGGCGCCAGCAGUGACAACCCACCGAACGUUCUUGAUGUGACACAUCACCUGGAUUUUUUAAAAAAAGAAAAUGCAGAACUUAAUCCUUUAGUUUUUAGCCUUUUAUAUAAAAUUAUGUUGAAAAUCUUAUACAUCUCAGAAAUAAUCAUUGCUGGGAACCUUUUUAAAUUUUUUUGCAUCUCUUUAAAUUAAUGACACUUCCUUAAUAAAAAUAAAAACCAGAUAUUGGUGUAAGAGACGUUUUCCUCACUUACAUUUUAAAUAAGCCAUGAAGGUCUAUUCACCGCCUGCUGACAUAUACUGUAUAAAAAGGAAUAUGGAGUUUUUAAAUGUGAAUAAAUUAUACAAUAGAAAAAGUUAUGAAUUAAGCUUUAUAGUUACAUUAUUGUUUUUCUUUAUUCUUUUAUAAAGGUAGGAGCAGUAUUAUUAACUCCAAUAAAAGUAUAAGAAUGACCUGUAGGAAAAACAAUCUUAGUAUUUAUUCCAUUUAGAAGAAAGGCAAUAAUUUUUAUGAAGCAUAUGAUUUUAUCAAAGCAAUAACUGAAAGAUUCCAAUUUACUGCCAUCUUUCUUUAAGUUUUAUUUGUUUUCUAGUUAAAGUAAUACUGCCUCAAACUUAAAAUGUCAGCUAAUCUUGAUUAUCGUAAAAGGCCACAUGAAAUUCUUUUUGGAAAUAAGAUGUUAGUUAUCUAGUGCUGCUAUAAUAGAAAUACCACCAGUGGAUGGCUUUAACAAAUAGCAAUUUAUUCUCUCACAGUUGAGGAGGCUAGAAGUCUGAAUUCAGGUUGCA